CUGCUGCAGCUAUCGCUCCUCUUCUCACAAAAUAAAUUUUUGGUACUGAAAGAUGUAGUGAAGAGGUUAGAGGUUUAAGCAGUGAAGAGACAACAUGGAAUCAAAGUCUAAGUUCCUAGUAUUAAACCCAUCACCAGAAGGGUUGGACAAAGUAUUGGGAAAAGCAAAUCUUCAGCAGAGUAAGAAUGGUCCAUUUGAAGCGGUGUUUUUACUUGGAGAUGUGCUUAGUGAACUGAUUGAAAAAUUACCAACUACUAAAUUAUCUGUUCAAACAUACUUUUCAGAAGGAGUAAAUGGAAGAAGUAAUGCUUUAGAACCAUUUAAUGGCGAUUCAGUAUUAAAUGACGUUGAUCAAAAUUUAACUUUCUUGAAUUCAAAAGUCAAUAUCUUCAAAAUAUCAUCAGGAUUCAAUAUCAUGGUAGUAUCUGGUAAGGCAGAACAAGACGAAGAAGAGGAAAUCAUGAAUAUAAUCAGAGAGAAUAAACUUCCUAUAGAUAUACUAUUAACUAAUCAUUGGCCAUUAUCUAUAGCGAACCAACAGAAAUUACAUCUCGUGGGUAAUAAGAUCAUAGAUGUGAUAGUUAAGGCUGUGAAGCCGAGAUAUCUUUUUGCAGUAGGUCACGAUAAGGGCAAAUUCUUCGAAAAUAAGCCAUUUGCAUGGAGUUCUGGGGAAAUUACGAGAUUUAUCAGCUUGGGAGAAGAAGGUUCAGGUGAGAGAUGGUUUUACGCAUUCUCAAUUUCAAACAAGAUUACUCCUGAAGAUAUACCAUUACAAGAAAAUCCAUUUGAAGUAGUAGAAACACAUCUUGUAACCAGCAAAAGACCAAUUGAAGAGACAGACAAAGUAGUAGAAGUCAAGAAACCAAAGAUUGUAUCCCCAGAUGAAUGUUUCUUUUGUUUAUCCAAUCCUAAAACGGAAACUCAUAUGAUCAUAUCCAUUGGUACUCAAACAUAUUUAACAACCGCCAAGGGCCCAUUAACAAGACCGAAUCGAUACUUACCCUUCUCAGGUCAUAUCAUCAUCAUACCUAUAGAACAUAUACCGACUAUCAGACUGAAAUAUCCUAACGUGAUCGAAUCACCUAUUUACCAAGAAGUAGAACAAUAUUAUACAACUUUAGUGAAAACUUUUAGUAAACAAAAUGACUUUUAUAAAUUGAUUUCAUUUGAAGUUAAUAGACUUGCUAAUGUUCAUCAAGGUAUUCAAUUAAUUCCAGUUCCAGGAAAUUUACUUGAAAAAUUCCCCAGGUCUCUUGAAUCAAGAGUUACUAUUAAUAAUGAAAAGCACGAGGGCCGUCAACCGCUUGAAUUCAAGAAAUUUACCGAUAGUAAAGAUCCUGCCUUAGUUGAAAUUAUAAAUACUCUGGAUCAUAUAAUAUUCACAUUAUUCAUUAGUGAGAGCGAAAGAGAGAUUUAUAUAUGUGCAUUGUCCGGCGGGGAUAAAUCAGUUGAUUUUCAAUUCCCAAGAAGAGUUAUGGCUCAUCUAUUAAAUUUACCAAGAAGAGUUUAUUGGGAUCAAUGUAAACAAUCAAAAGUUGAGGAAUCAAAAGAUUGUGAAGAAUUCAAAAAAUACUAUCAUGAUUAUGAUUUUACUUUAUAAAUAGUCUAUUAAUACAUAAU